UUCUGUUGCAUCCAGGAACAGUAGAUACAGAUUUAUCAAGACCGUUUCAGAGGAAUGUUGCAGAAGGCAAGCUCUUCACCAAAGAGUUUUCUGUCCAGAAAUUGCUGGGCAUCAUUAACAGUGUGAAAGCAUCUGAUAACGCAUGGCCUCCAUCUCUGCAAAAACCGUUGCUUUCUUCCCAAUCUUGAUUGCAAUCUCAAUUCCCACGACGUUCACGGCAACGGUGGUGGAAGACCUGAACAACCUGCAGCCUCCGCCGGAUUUCAACGCCACCAUCACAAACAACUGCCGAAACAACCCUUCUCUCCGAUACUGCAACUCCACCCCUUUCAAUCUUGUCCAGAUUUUCAAGUCCACCAUCGUGGCGAGCCAUCUGUGCAACAUCUCCAACAAUCCCAACUGCGUCGAAUCGUUCCCCAAGAUCGAUCUCCGCGGCCGCCCCAAGAUCGCGCCUCUCUAUCUCUCCUUGGAUUUUUUCUGGAGAUACUGCCCCUUGACGAUACUCUCCAUCGAUCUCUCCAACAAUUCUCUGCAGGGGAGCUUUCCCCAAGAUGUGUUCUACUGCUCUCAGAUUCGGUCUCUCGAUUUGAGCCUCAAUCGUCUCUCCGGCGACGUCCCGCUCCACAAGUUGUCGUCUCUGCAGAAUCUGACGUCUCUCAACCUGUCCUACAACGCCUUCUCCGAGUGCAGGAUCUCCGAAACGCGCUUCUUCGAUCGUUUCAACUCUUCGAGUUUCCUUCAUUCGGGCCUUCUCCCCGAUCACAGGGAGUUGAGGCUCAGGAUGGUGGCGUUUCUGGUCGGUUUUCCGGCCGCCGUGAUCGCUGCGGUUGUCUGUUUCUUGUGGUGCUGUUUUUGGCGGGGAGGAGGAGAGGGAGGGCAUAGGUUUAAGGCUUGGGUGCUGGAGGAAGCUAGUAAGGGAUUCUCGAAGCGGAAUUUGGUGGGAAAAUGCGUUUACAGUGGUGUUCUGAGUGAUGGGAGGGAGGUGAGGAUCGAGGUUUAUUCGGAGAAGAUGACGAGGGAGGACCGGAGGAGAUUCGUCCAGAAAUCCGAGCUUCUUGUCCGGUUAAGCCACAGAAACAUCGUGCCCGUCCUAGGUUGGUGCGACAGCCGUAGAUUCAUGGCUGUCGUCACUGAAUGGAUUGACGACGGCAACAAUAUGGAGACGUGGAUUAGAACUUGUGUGCCGCCAUGGAAGCAGAGGGUACAAGCGAUCUCGGGAAUUGCUGCUGCGGUUCGCUACCUGCAUCAACAAUGGCCUCAAAUUGGGUACAACCUUAAAGCAAGGGACGUGCUACUGUCUCAAAAUGGAGAUCCGCUCAUAACCAGAUUCAAAUUCGAUGAUGAUCAUCGUAGCAGCGCAAAGAGAAUGUGCGAAUUUGGAGUGCUGGUGUUCGAGACAGUGACGAAUAGGUGGGAUUUUGGGAAGAGAGAGAGUGGUGUGGUUGAGUGGGUGAAGCUGCAUUACCCGGGAAAUGUGGAGGAUUUAAUCGACGGGAGGAUGGAGAAGACGGCGGAGAUGGUUUCCGCGGCGGCGGAGCUUGUUGAAUUAGGACUAAUUUGCGUGGAUUUGUCGGGCAGGCGGCAGCCCAGUUGGGAGAAAUUCUGUGAUCUGCUUUUGAACUUGUCUCGUGCGCACAGAGGCAGAGGACAUAAACAUGUUCAUCACAGACAGCAUUAGCUUCUUCAGUUUUCGAUAUGUUGGCUUUAAAUCUAGAAUGUGUGGUGAAACAAAAAUAUUCAAAUGAGAAUUUGUAAAGUGUUUGUUAGGGAGACGAACAAGUGAUUUCAAGAAUUAUAGCAUACCAUGCAUGUAUAGUAUAGGUAUCCUCAUUUGCUCAGAGUCACUUGAUGCUUUGAAAUCAAAGGAAUGUCCCCAAGAAUGCUUCACUUGUUUCUUGUAAGUGAUGUGGACAUGCUCCUGCCUAUCUGAAACAACUUUUUUUGAGGGAACUAAGCUUGGCACCAGCACUAGC